AGGCGGAUGGAAAGAGAGCUAGAGUUGCAGUCAUUGAAAGUAACACUUACAAUACUACAACGUCAAAGAUAACAAUGGAUGCCCUGUUGCUUUUGCGCGGAUCGAUCUAGUUUAGAAAUCACGCAGUCGUCUUCUCUGAGAUCGAUCGACUGGAUGUAUUCAUAUUCCAUUAGUUGUGUUAGCUUUUUCUGUCUUUAUGACUUGAUUGCUACAUUCAAGAUUAUUUAAUUGAAAACAUUGACGUCUUUUACGGGCGUCCAUGAGACAUCAUCCAAGAUGGAGAUGGAAAGUCUGGAGUCAGGCAAAACAGGGAAACUCUACACAGAAGAGGCAGAUCAGGAACAUUCAACCGCAGACAAUGAGGAUAUUUUGAAGGAGGAGAACCAGCGACUGAGCAAGCCUCGGGUGUUCCUCCUGAACCUUUCAUGGUUUGGUCUCAGUCUUAUGUUCCUGCUGCUGUCGGUAGAGGUUGUACCAGCCCAGAUCCGCUCCUUAGUUGGAGAAGCAGAGAAAGGAAGAUGGCUGGGCGGGAUGGUGGCAGUUGGAGCUGCCCUGACCUUCUUUGCCAGCCCUUUAAUUGGCAUGGGAAGCGACCGCGUAACGUUAAAGGUCGGUAAAAGACGUCCCGUGAUGAUGGCUGGAACUGUCAUUCUGUGCAUAGGUUUGAUUGGGAUGGCUCUGAGCUCUUCCAAGUUAUAUCUCCCACGUAGAGACACUGGUUACAAAAACGGCACUGAAGAAACGUGCCACAGUGAUUUAGCAGUUCAAAGGUGCCUACCAUAUAUUAAUAAAACAAUAAAGAAUUCGCACGAGAGCACCAUUUUGAAAGGGUCUCAGCCGGCACCCAUUUUGGUUCCAGAGAAAAAAGGUGAAGUCAUUGUGGAAAAGGACACCGAUUCUGGAAGUCUCGGUUUGUAUAUAUUUUUCUACUUGAUCGUUACUUUGUCAUUUGCCAUGAUAACAGUUCCAUACAACGCUCUGAUUGCCGACAAGUCGCACCAGUCACAAAGAGGUUUUAAUUCUGGAGUAAUGGGAUGUAUGAUCCUAAUGGGCAAUGUGAGCGGAGCAGCUGUAGGAAUAGGGUUGUCGGAAAUGGGUGUUCUUGGAGCGUAUGGAACAGCCAUCGCGGUGGUCAUGGUUAGUGUAUGUGUAACAGUCUUUACAACCACAGAAAAACCGGGGAAACAAAUAAACGAACCUAUAGGAUGUCUGCAAAUUUUCUGUGGAUUUUGGGAACCAUUAAAAGAGCACGAUUUCCGAUGGGUGUUCAUUACAAGAUUCUUAAUGCAGCAAGGUGUUUCCACGGUGACAGGAUUUUUGGAGUACUGGUUGUCCGAUAUGAUACAGCUUCCCGAUUGUUGGAAUGCGGGGAGGGGGGUAGCCAUAAUGCUUUUACCAAUGUUAUUUGCAGCAGCUAUAAGUUCCAUAAUAUUUGGUGUAGUUUCUGAUCGUUUACAAAGAAGAAAACCCAUUGUAAUUGCAGCUGCUUUGAUAAUGUGCAUAAGUAUAUCAACAUUAACGUACAUAAGUGGAUCCUCGGCGUACUACAUAGCAGUUGUUAUGGCCUUCUUCUUUGGGAUCGGAUUUGGUUCAUUCCAGUCAGUAGAUUUUGCCCUUGUCAUGGACGUCCUUCCAGAGGAAAAGGACAAAGCUAAAGACAUUGCAGUUUGGCACCUUGCCCUGAUACUGCCAAAUGCGCUUGCCACACCUGUAGGAGGACUGAUUCUGGACUACUUUGAGAGUGUUAACUGUAAGAUAGGGCUAGGAUACAUCAUACUUUUUGUUGUCACUACUGUUUACUUUCUACUUAGUGGUAUUUUCGUCACACGAAUUCAGCAAGCCAAAUGAUUCCCAUAUAAGCAGACAGUCUGUCUAUCUGAAGUGAUGGAAGAUAAAUUCUCUCUUUUCAGAAAUAAAUGUUUUCAGUCUUUAAAAGACAGUUUGCAAACAAAUAUUUAUAUAAAAAGGAGAUUUGACAAGAACUUCGCAAUAUAUUUUUCAAAAGAUUAUUGUCACAAAGAAACUGUCAUUGUUGAUACAUUGUAAAUGUCCCCAGAUGUAUUUUAUAUCCCAUUGUUUCGUUAUUAUAUUGUUAUUUAUAUUUUUGCUGAGACGUUAAAUUAUUGUUUAACAUUACACUUAAUACCUCAGUGAUAGUUGUUUCGUCCCUAUAUGAAAUAAAAAUGUUUUAUCCCCUUA